GGGGGGGUCCAACGCCAAUGUAAGAUUUUACGACCGUGAUCCUUUUUAACGACCUUGGAUCCUUUCUGCUCUACACUUGAGGCUUCCUUUUCCCCCUCUCUUGUCCUCUUUCUCGACCUCUUUCCAUGGAAUAUUCAACUAUUUUUUAAUUCUGUUUUCUCUCAUCCACUGGAGAGCAAUCAUGUUUGCGACACUCGUUCCCUUUUGUUUUUCGACGAUAUUUGUUUCAUUGACGUUUACUAAACUGGUCCACCUUUCUAUCCACGCCAAGACAAUCUCUCCCGGCGCUUUCGUCCUUUUUCUGCCCUCGCUUUUACUUCCUGAUGUUUUAGUCAUUAUCCUGUCGCGCCUGGCGCUGCGGCAGCAGAAGGGCCUUUUCUCUGUUGGAGCUUGUGUUUUGGGGUGCAUAUUCUCAUUUAUUCUUCUCGGCGCAUCGGCUUCACAACUGGGCUUCUUUUAUUCGACAGGCAAUGAGGUUAAAUGGUCAGAGGCGUUGAGCUAUGCUGGCGAUAAAGAUGGGAUGAAAAUUCUUCUCAGUGGGCUUAACUCUGUCCUUGCGGCGGGAGCUCUCAUCGUCGUCGUGGCUUGGGUUGCGAAGUGGUUUCUCUACCGGGCCGUCGGUUCAUUAAUUGCAACGGUUGGAAUGCCUGUUGUACAUGCCUGGCAGUGGUUCCGACACAGAAACGGUCGAUCCCCUCAGUCACUAGCUUAUGACUCCGACAGCGAACUCGACGAAGACCUCGAGGUCGCCAAAGAAGGCGCACGACUCAUCCCCGAUACUCACGAAGAAUCUCGAACGAGGCCUCGAACAUGGAUUAUUCUCGCCCUCAUUUCUGUCUUCCUCUUCCUCACGACGACUCUCCGACCUGCUGCUCCAUACACCAUGAUGUCCAUGACACUCCCCGCCGCCAUGCUGGAAAUGUUCAAGUCUCCGGCCAAGCUGUGUAACAAUGUCGAAGGCGGAUGGCCCCUCCCUGAUCUCAUCACUCCCGAUAAUUGGGAGGAGCCCAAUGGACGCUUCCCCGGUUGGACACCCGGUAACGACGGUGAUGCUGCGCGAAAGUACCGAGACACAGUCCCUGAAUGGCUACCCAGCGACAUCCCCGCUGGCUUCUCCAAGUGGCUUUCCAAGCCAAACAAGACCACGGAUGAGGAGCCUGCAGCAAGCCCUAGCAAGGCAUGCGAAGUCCCCAAAGCCGACGGUACCUUUUACAACCCCGUUCUCGACCCUCUCAAGAUCUCCAACCUCGACACCGACAUCAUUGACGUUAUCCGCGACACUCUCAAGGGCGGCGACGUCAAGAUCAAGCACGUGGCACUAAUCAUGAUGGAGAGCUAUCGCGAGGAACUCUUCCCUCUGCAGCAGGGCUCCAACUAUCACAGGCUCAUGGUCAAGUCGCACAAGGGUGAAGACAUCGACGAGAUCAACGAGAAGCUUUCUCGCAUGAGCCCCGUCGCCGAGAGACUCACCGGCAAGUCAGGAAACUGGAAGAGAAAGGAUGGCUCGGAUUUUGAACACGUGGCUAUCCCGCAGUGGAACGAUACAGCGCAGGAGGGGUACGGAGGUAUCAACGUUGUCGGCGGUUUCACAACGUCUUCGUUGUCGUUCAAGAGCAUGGCUGCUAUCCACUGUGGCGCUUGGUCCAUGCCUGUCGAUGGCUUUGAGGAGUCUGAGACGGAUGCGUACCAGGCUUGUAUUCCUCAGGUCUUUAAUCUCUUUAACAAGCUCAAGGAUGAUAAGAAGUCGAAGGAUUUCUUGGAGCAGCAGUGGUAUCCUGCUUUCUUCCAGUCUAUCACCGAUGGUUAUGAUCGUCAGGAUAAGUUCGACGACAAAAUUGGCUUUGAGCAUAUCGUUACACGAGGCCGUCUUGAAGAUGAUCGCAAGAACGGCGAGGAACUCGAGGAGAUCAACUACUUCGGUUUCCCUGAGACGACGCUCAAGGGGCACAUUGAGGAUUACCUAAAGGAGGUCAAGGAGAAGGGCAAGCGCAUGUUCUUCUCUCACUUCACCAGCACCACUCAUCAUCCCUGGGGCGUACCAAAAUCAUUCGAGAAGACCGACUUUCUCAACACCGAGGGCAAGAUGGGCUGGCACUCGGAGUUCAACGACUAUCUCAACGCGAUGCGAUUCACCGACGCCUGGCUAGGCGAGUUGCUUCAGACAUUUGAUGACCACGGUCUUACAAACGAGACAUUGGUUGUAUUUGUUGGCGAUCACGGACAGGCUUUCAAGGAGGAUCAAAAGUCCAAGACUGGAACCUACGAGAACGGCCACGUUAGCAACUUCCGAGUCCCCAUCACAUUCCGCCAUCCUCACAUCCCCCGCGUUCAAUACAACGCCAACGCAACAUCCCUCUCCAUCCUCCCCACCAUCCUCGACCUUCUCAUCAAUACAGGCUCCCUCAACGAAAAAGACCAAAACGCCGCUGAGGACCUUAUCCACGAUUACGAGGGCCAGUCCCUCAUCCGCCCUUAUAAAGCUACCCACAACGGCCGCCGCGCCUGGAACUUUGGGAUCAUCAAUGGAGGAGCUAGCAUGUUAUCAAUGACAUCUGCAGAUGCACCGUGGCGCAUUGUCAUCCCGCUCGAUGACUCUACACAAUAUAGAUUCACAGAUCUCAAGAACGAUCCGUUAGAGAAGAAGCCGCUUGAGAAGUGGACGCUUGAGCAGUUGACGUAUGCUGUUCGGAAUAAAUUUGGGGAGGAGGCUUCCAAGUGGGCUGCUGAGGCGGACGCUGUGUCCAAGUGGUGGGGACCUGAGAGGAAGAGGUUAUGGGGAUAUAAUCCUUCGCAUAAGGAAGAUUGAUGAUAGUAUUUAAAUGUAAUGCGAAUGUUUAAUGGUUUCAAUUAUGUGUCUGUGUCUGUGACGUCUGUUGCGCCAGCAAUGUGGAUGUGACUUUGAAACGAUGAGAUGGACAGUCUCAACCUUGCCAUCUUAUAUGUGACCUGGUUUGAACGAGAUAUCGAUUGCUUCAUGGUUCAAACUGAAGUUAAGAAGUAAGUGCCUUGCUUCGGGCUCGAGAAGUUAUCACCAUCAUCCAAUUGCAAUCAGAGUUUGAAGUUGAUCAUUCUGGUAUUCCCAUUCCACGUCCAUGUUAAUGCUUCAUCUAUACAACAAAAGAAAAUGCGCCGUUCGAUCUAUAACCCGACCCGAUAUCUCACUCCAAAACCACCCAAUGCAAAUUUUGAUACAAAUUAGCGAUCAUUCAAUGAUCUUGGUCUCCAUUUAAUGCCCAGCAGCUUGCUUCUUCGCAGCAAGUCUUCGCUCCUCAGCAGCGACCAUAUCUGCAUACUGUUAGCCAUUAUCCGAUCAAUUGAUAAAAGUGACUUACCCUUCCAGAGGUCCUGUCCCUCAUACUCCUCCUUGUGGAUCUUCUUCUCAAUGAUCUUUGUGGGAUCAUUAGGAUCCACGACCCGAAUGGUCUGCCAUCUGCUAUCACCGUUCUUAAGAUCAUUCAUCUCAAAAACAGCAGACACCAACAACACAGCCAACGUCAAGCCUUGCGCAUAAACACGAGCUUGCACAAUCUUGUUCGCCGUGUUCAUGGGCUGUCGACUAACAAUCGCAAACGCAAUACCCAUUGACGCCAACCACGACGCGAAGACAAUGGGAUAUCGGUUCUCCUUGGCAUAUGACUUGAAACGCUCAUACGCUGACUCAUUUUCUCGGAUGAGUUGUGCUGUGCGCGCUGCUUGAUCUUGGUAAUUGCGCUUAGGAUCUUGGGCGAUCUGGUAUGCGAUACUCCAUCUCUCGGCAUUGACGAUGGCGCCGAAUGUACCCGUUGAUGUCACGAGGAAUGCUCUGAAGGGGAGGGUGAGGCCUCGGAAGGUUGGGUAGCGUUUUGAUGCAUAGUACACGCCUCCAAGACCGAGACCCAGGAAGAGUGUUCCGCCGAUGAGGCCGCCCUUGACGACUUCGGCGUAGUGGGCCUCUUCUUCUGCCUUGGUGAGAAUCUUCAUGAUUGGUGAUGGUGGUGAUAACGAUAAGCGAUAAGUAGUGUGAUAAGAGAUAAGGAUAAGGGUAAGGAUAAGCUUGAAUGGGUAGGUGGUAAUGUAAUGUGUGUAUGAUGUAUGGAUGAUAUGUCCCACUACAGACUCCUGGCAAGCAUGUUUAUAUAAAGGUAUAAAGUCUGCAAAUUUUACCGGGCAAAGCCGCUACGAAACGGAUUCCUCAUGUCAUGU